AUGUCUACCUUCGCUUUUAUGGUCCUCUGCGUCCAGGCUUGCCUGAUCCAAAACGUGUACGGCCAGUACUUGGGUGGUCUGGGUGGUUGUGGUUGUGGAGCCGGCUGGAACGGUGUAGCAGCUGGUUGGAACGGACUCGGUGCUGGGUGGAGUGGAUUCGACGGUGGAUACGGCGGUGGUUGCGGUUCAUACGGCGGCGAGGGCAUCGGCAACGUGCGAGUCGUGGGUGAGCUGCCCGUCGGUGGUGUCACCGCUGUCGGCGGCCGCGUGCCCAUCAUCGGUGGUGUCGAGUUUGGAGGUCCCGCCUGCGCUGGAGGUGCCGUCUCUAUCUGCGGACACUGCGCUCCCACUUGCGGCUGUGGACGUGGUCUGGCUGGAUACUACUAAA